UAUCUUUCUAGGGGGGAUUUGGGGGACCCUUAUCUAAUCACUGUUGUGCUUUUCCCCUUCAAAAUGUAAAGGGCACAAGCGAUCUUAGAACACCGCAAGCCUGGGCGGAAGCGUUAGCAUUGCCUCCUUCCCGCAAAGGGGGAAUUGUCAGGUCCGCCGACUUACAUCAGGAACUGGCCUCGGGAAACUAGCUCCGUCUUUGCCCCGCCCACACUUUUGCCCUUCGUUAAGAUGGCGGCGGCAGCUGCUGUUGCUUCUUCCGGGAGCCCCUAAAGGGUCUCUAAGGGCUGCCGGCGGGGUGCUGUCAGAAGCUUGCAAAGAUGGCGGCGAUGGGGGCAAGUUCCCCCAGUAUCGUGGAGUAUUUCGGAGGGGAAGACGGUUACCGCUGUGGCUACUGCAAGAACAAUACGGGCAACUUCUCUUACGGCAUGUGGGCACAUUCAAUGACUGCGCAAGAUUAUCAAGAUCUUAUAGACAGAGGAUGGCGAAGGAGUGGAAAAUACGUUUACAAACCCAUUAUGAAUCAGACGUGUUGUCCUCAAUAUACGAUAAGAUGCCGGGUUUUGAAUUUCCAGCCUUCCAAAUCACAUAAGAAGGUUCUAAAGAAGAUGCUGAGAUUCAUAACACAAGGAGAAACUUCUAAAAUAAAUAGUGAAGCAGAACCCAUGGAUUCCCACACAGAAGAUGCUGCAUGCAAUUUUUUGGUAAAAAGUCAGCCAGACACCAGCCAGUCUGAAUUAGAACCCCUCAGUACUUACACAGAAAAGGUGGAGAGUGAAGAGGAAGAAAUAAAAGGACAAAUAAUUGGAAAGACAGACUCUGGACAUACUGAAUCCUGUAAUGAGAAAGAUAAUGUCAAUUUGAGCAAGCCAUUGGAUCCAGCUAAAGUUGGUCAUACACCUCCCAAGCCAGGCAAAGGAGCAGACCUGAGCAAACCACCCUGUCGUAAGGCCAAGGAUAUACGGAAGGAACUGAAAUUGCAGAAACUCCUUCAGAGCCAGACAGGGAACCAUGCACUUCAAGAAGAAGCUCAGAUCGCUCAUAAGUCUAAGCCUAAAGCAAACCAGACAAAAUCAGUUGAAGACUUCGUUUUUAUCACCUUGCCUCCUGAAGCUGUGCACAAGUUAGAGGUGAGGCUGGUGAGAUCAUCUCCACCAAGUUCCCAGUUCAAAGCCACAUUUCAGGAGUCUUACCAGGUCUAUAAACGUUAUCAGAUGGUUAUUCACAAGGACCCACCUGAUAAACCAACCGCCAGUCAGUUCACAAGAUUCCUCUGUGAUUCUCCACUUGAGGCAGAAAAUCCUCCAAAUGGCCCUGAUUGUGGCUAUGGUUCUUUUCACCAGCAAUAUUGGGUGGAUGGAAGGAUAGUUGCUGUAGGUGUCAUCGACAUCCUUCCAAAGUGUGUCUCUUCUGUGUAUCUCUACUACGAUCCUGAUUAUUCUUCUCUGUCUUUAGGAGUCUACUCUGCUUUAAGGGAAAUUGUCUUUACUAGGCAACUUCAUGAAAAAGCUUCUGACCUAAGCUAUUACUACAUGGGAUUUUAUAUUCAUUCUUGCCCAAAAAUGAGAUAUAAGGGCCAAUAUAGACCUUCUGACUUGCUGUGUCCAGAAACGUAUGUCUGGGUACCCACUGAGCAAUGCCUGCCCUCUCUUGAGCACUCAAAAUAUUGUCGCUUCAAUCUGGAUCUCAAAGCAGUUGAUGAAGGAAGUGUUAAAGAAUUGGGUCGAGUUCGGAUCCUUCACAAGAGAACGGUCAUGCCUUACAGUGUGUAUAAGAGAAGACGAAAGGGGCCCAGUGAUGAAGAAAGUGUUCAGCAAUAUGCCACUUUGGUGGGACAGGCGUGUUCAGAGCGAAUGUUGCUCUUUAAAAGCUGAAACGUUUGUUCUAUGGAGACCUUCUGCCCUACCGCUAGAUUGUGCCCCUUAUGGUUUGAGUUGAUAAGCUGAUGUAUUCAAAGUAGGGAUGUAUAAAAUGUCUCUUUAUGGUAACAGGAAUAUAAACAAGUGUCAUAUCUUGAAAGGAACAUAUAAUUUUUCACAUAUACCAAGGGUCUGUCAGAAUAUAAAGAUCUCUCACUAAACCUGUUUUAUU